CCCGUGGGCUUAGUUUGUGAGACGCCUCCGAAGCGGCAAGUAGUUGGUGGCAUUACAAGCGACUGCAUCUCAUCUGCCAGCAGACGCUACACGCGCUCGAGAGUUCAUUCAAAAUUAGAAACAUUGCCGCGCGCAGCUGCCCAAAAAGACUGGGAACAGAUAUUCAAUUCAAUUUUAUGUUUAUUUUAACAUAUAAGAAAAUUUUGACAAGCCAAAAAGAAAAACAAACGUGGGCUGAACAAGAAAAAAAACAUAAGCAUAAAGCGAAUCUAGAAAAUAGAACGGAAAGAUAAACCGCAAAGGUCGCAACCAAAAAAAAAAAAAAAAUUUAGAAGUGAAAGUGAAAACGAAAACAAGAACCACAAAUAGAAAAAAAAAAAAACACAACAACACUUUGCGUUCGCAAUUCCCGUUGCAUUUGGCCGAUCGGGCGCCUUUUGGCUGCGUAUUAUCAGUGGACACUGGAAUAGGAGAAGUCGACCAGAAAAACGGACAGCGAAACUCUCGUGUCAGAGGCUACACGCCGUGUUAAUGCACUCGUAAUCGCCGGACAAUUGGCGGCAAUAAAUUCUAUAUUUGUGCAUAUAUAUAUAUAUGUAUGUCAGAAUUUAAAUCGCGACUUUUGUGAUUGCAAUUUCAAUUGAGCAAUUGAUGGGCAUAGAUUAUAAAUAGAUUGACUUACAGAAACUGGUUUCAAAAGCAAGUUCAGUGUCAAAAUGCGCACAGCAUAAAGUUCUUCAAGCGAGUGAACGACCCAGAAAAUUUCGAAUUCUUUUCGAAAGAAUCUGAAUUUGAACUCUUAUCAAUACGCACACACACACAUAUACAUAUAUAUAUACAAUUUGUGUUCGUUGUUUUUGUUGUUGUUGAGCACUGUGUUGUGUGUUAUAUAUAUAUCUAUAUAUAUAUAAAAGCUGUGAUAAACAAGGAAACUACUAAAAUGACCCAGUCUAAGGAUAAUCUGGAGAAGACGAGAGAGCUCAUCAGCGAGGAGAGCAUGAAGGAUUUGCUCACAAAGCAGCUGGAAAUAGUUGGCAGUAGCGGCGCAUUUGUUUGGGCCAUCUUCUUUCUCUGCGUUACGCCCAACAUUUUGAACGGUUUCCAUGUGUCGUCGUACACGCUGCUCGGCCAUCUGCCCGAGGAUCAGUGGUGCGGCAUUGACGAACUGCGUAACACCAACUGGACGCUGGCACAGAAGCGCAGCAUCAGCGAGCAUGAGCUGAACUCGGGCGGUUGCACGGUCUGGGAUUGGGAUUACCAGCAGCUGAGUCAGAUGUCCUACGAGGCGGCACUUAACUACACCAGCCGCAUGGCUGCGAUCAAGCAGCCCACGGUGGUGUCCUGCAAGGCCAAGGGCAGCUACGAGUAUUCGCAUCCGGAGACCACAUUCGUUGCCGAUUGGGAGCUGACCUGUGAGCGCAGCAUUCAGCGCACAUCGGCCCAGGUUUCCCUAUCCCUAGGCAAAUUCUGCGGCUCCUUCACGUUUGGCAUACUGGCUGACAAAUUUGGUCGCAAGACUUCGUUUACGUUGGGCGCCGCUUUCUUCGUUUUGGGCAGCAUCUUUUGCAGCUUCUCGCCCUGGUACAGUCUCUUUUUGAUUGGCCGCUUCGCCUUGGGCGCUGCCUCGUCCGGUUUGUUCUAUCCUGCAUUUACGAUGAUUGUUGAGAACAUUUGCCUGAAGCAUCGUUCCUGGAUGUCGAUUGCCUUCUCUGCCUCAUAUCCCGUUGGCAUGAUCCUGCUGGCCAUUGCGGGCUAUCUGAUACAGCCCUGGCGCUAUCUGCAACUGGCAUUGACCAUACCCUCGCUACUUCUGAUCCUUAAUUGCUAUCUGAUGAACGAAUCCCCACGCUGGCUCAUAACGAAGCAGCGUUACGACCGUGUCUAUCAAAUCCUUUUCAAGCAGCCCAGCCACUAUGAGGUUCAGCCCACAAUUGCGCCAGCCACCGAAAUUGUUAGCGAUAAGAAAACGCUGGAACCGAUCCCAAAUGAUUCGCUCGCCAAGAAGCUAAAGAAUGGUCCACUUAAGUCAAUUAUCGAGCUCUUUGCGAAUCCAAAAGUGCGCAAACUAAUCUUCACCUCGUACUUUAUGUUCUGCGUAACCUCGCUCAGUUACUAUGUGACGGCUCUCAAUGCCGCCAAUCUCUCGGUCAGUCGCUAUCUGUAUAUUAUAGCCACUGGCGUUGUGGAUAUACCUUCGUAUCUGGUGCCGGUCAUUAUGUUGCGGUAUACGGGCCGUCGUAUUACCACAAUGUUCCUGUUCAUGUGGACGGGCGUAUCGCUGCUGUUGGUGCUCGCGGUGCCCGCUGGCAGCACCACGUGGAUCGUUGCGUUUGCCAUGUUGGGUCGAUUUGGCAUCAGUGCCACCUACUCGGUUGUGACGCUCUACACAGCAGAGCUGUAUCCCACCGAAAUACGUAACUCGGCGCUGGGCACCUGCUCCACAUGGGCGCAUGUCGGUUCCAUUUCGGCACCCUAUGUGGUCGAUGUGCUGGGCGCAUUAGGCUGGUACAUUCCGACAACAAUCUGCGGCUGCUGCGUUCUAGUAGCAGGCCUGCUAACGCUAACGCUGCCCGAAACGGGCACGGGACACCUUUCCGACAAGGUUGAGGAUGCCUCCGCCGCCAACGAAGCGACCGAGAGCAAGCCUGAAAAGCAGUAAGAUUGAGCCACAACCAAGCCGUGCAGGCUGGUCGAUGGGUUCCACUAGUUAAGUUAGUAUACGAUCGAUUAUCCAUGCUACCUAUGUAUACGUAUUCUACAAUGUUACGAUUGUAAUACUACCAGUACUACUCUAGGCCUAAGUUUUCUAUGCGUAAUU